AAGAAAAAAGGAAAAAAAAAACAUAAAUCUUCUCUGUUUUCCAAAACCCUACUGCAACGUCGCAGCCCGUUAAUUUUCUGUCAUUCUGCUUCUUUGUCGUCCCUCAAUCUAUUGGGCGCUACACUCUCUCUCUCUCUCUCUCUCUCUCUGUUAUCACAGUAAUUGUGCUUCUAUGAAGAGUUAUAAAUUAAUGGCUCCGGCUAAAGUGACAGGAAAGGUUGAUAUUUUGCAUGAUGAGGCGUGAAAUCCUGGAAUUGUAUCUACAGGUGCUUGUUCUUUAACCAUUGUGGAACUUUCAGUGGUAGGUACCAAAGCUGCUCAGCAGUCUUCAACAGUUAUAGAAGAUUCAAUUGUAAAGGGCAGAUUUGUUGGUAAGGAAGCUGCUGUCACGCUGAAUGAUGAAAAUUUAAAUCCCAGAAUUGAAGCAGCUUUGGAGGGGGCACAUACUGCUGAUUCUGUGGAGGGUCCUAUAUAUUCAGUUCUAACGGCAAAAGAUCCCAUUAAUGUUGCGACCUCCAAACCUUUGGAUGAACGAACUCAAGAUGCUGUGGAUGGGAAAGUGGUAUUAAUGGACACCAAAGAGAUUACAUGUCCUAACUUUGAAAGUAUGGACACUGACGCUUUUAAUGAAAAUUUUUGUUUUUCAGUGGAAGAACUGCAGGCAUCAUUUGAGACAGCCAGUGGAAGAACUGAAAAUCACUAUGAUGCAUUUGCAGAUGUGCAAUCUUCACGACAGCCAACACUAGUUGUUGUUGAGCAACGACUUGGUGAUGUUGCAGCAACAGAUAACAAGGUGCUUCUGAAUUCUGAAGAAAACAGGAAAUUAUUAAUUGAAGAGUGCUCAGAUCAUAGCACAGUAGGUUUAAAUUCAACAACUUCAUGUCAUUCUGCUCAAGCUGAAAAUUAUACAAAUCCUAAUUUUAAAGGUCCUGUUGAUGCACAUCUGGAUGGUUUCUUAGCUUCCUCAGGAAAUGAUCAGCAUAUAAAGUUUGAGAUAGAUACCGAAAUUACUUCAACGAACAAGGAUAAAGUUUUAAUUUUGGCUGCUGUUGUUGCAGAGCCUUCUGAAAAAGGCCAAGAGUUGAAGCUGAAAGAAAGCUUAGAUAAGAAUGUACGUGAUACUCUUCAGGCUGAUUCAAACAUAGGGCAGUUGAUGGUUGCUCAAGAACAAGUUGCUCAUUUUGAGCAACUUGGAGACGAAGGUAACAAGGCAACAGAACGGAACUUUGACGCUGAGGCAGUUUUCAUGAGUGCAGAAAUAGGUAUACUAAAGGACACUUAUGAUAAAAUAAAACUUCAGGUGGUAGAAAACUCUGAAAUCCGAGAUGAAUCAAGUAAAAGAGAUGGCGAGGACAAAUCCAUGCUUGCUGGUUUAUUUGAACCUGGUAAAUUGGUGGCUAAUAUGAAAGCAUUAGCACAAUUGCCAGCUGGUGGGGCUGAUCAACCAGAGCUUGUCAUUGCCAAGUCACAGCUGCUGGCCUUUUAUCGUUUGAAGGGUUAUUCUCAGCUGUCUGAAUUUUGUGGAGGAUUAUCAGAGAAAGUGGACAAUUUACAGUUUGCAGAUGAAGUUGUGCCUACAUCUCCUGUUUAUGAGGAUGAUGGGCAUAUUUCAUCUCGUCAAGAGGUUUUACAAACUCAAAGAAGCUCAUACAACAAACGUAAGCAUAAUAUUGAACUUAGUCAUAAUUACUUAGUUUCACCAUCUGGGAAGAAGCAAAAAUGCUCUGAUUCCUUGGCUGAUGAGUCGGCUAUGCCAAAAGGAAGGAAAACCAUCUCGCUUGCAAAAGUCUCAACAACUGUACCUCCUUUACCAAAGCCUUCCAUCAAGGUUGGUGAAUGCAUCUCUAAAGCUGCUAGCCUGAUGACUGGGUCUCAGUCUAUAGUGAAGGCUAAUAGCCAAAAGCAAGGUAGCAACAGUUAUGGCAUUGCUUGGGAUGGGUCUGAUAUUUCUUUCCAGAAUAAUCAGGAUGCUGAGAUGAGAAGAAUGACUGUUCCAACAGAAUCCUCAUCACUUAAUGAAUUGUUGUUACAACUUAACAUGGCAGCACAAGAUCCAUUAACAAGCAGCAGUUUUUUGACCACGAUUGUUAGUUUUUUCUCAGAUUUUAGGAACUCAGUGAUUAUGGAACAGCAUGAUAAAGUUGGUGAUAAAAGGAAGCAUCCAAUUGGUGUUUCUCCUGAAACAUUCAAAUUUGGUUAUCCUGAAACGUUCGAAUUUGAGGAUAUAGGUGACACUUAUUGGACAGACCGGAUUAUUCAAAAUGGUUCUGAUGAACAACCAUUGUGUGGAAGUAGAAAUCUUGAUCAUCUAUUUGUGCGUAUGGAGUUGGACAAGCCUGCUAGUAAUUCCAAUAUUAGAAAGCGGUAUUCUGAUGGCAAUUCUGGUCAAUCAGCUAAGAAACAAGCUGGUUACUUAGAUGAGAAGGCACCAGCAGAACUUGUAAUGCAUUUUCCUGUGGUGGAUUCUGUUCCUUCAGAAAUAAUCCUGAAUAAGAUGUUCAGGCACUUUGGGCCAAUAAAAGAAUUAGAGACAGAAGUAGACAAGGAUACCAACCGUGCCAGAGUUGUUUUCAAGAAGUGUUCUGAUGCAGAAGCUGCUUAUGGUAGUGCUCCAAAAUUCAACAUUUUUGGUUCGAUUCUUGUAAAUUACCAGCUCAACUAUACUAUAUCUGUGCCAUUUAAAAGUGAACCAGUAGCCACAUUCCAAGAGGAAGAUGCAACACUUUUUCUGCAGUACUGAAAAGGUAGAUCUGAUUUAGAUGUUAAAAGUAAAAUAUUUUUCAGCUGGACGCAAAUUUCCAAUCUACCAUCCUGUCACUUGAUUUCUCAUUUUAAAGAAAUUGCUCCUACCGCAUGUUCUAGUGUCUCAGGUCUUUUCUCUUGCAUUGUGGGCUGAGGUCCAAAUGCUGGCAAAAUUGUUACUUUAGUUAAGGUUUCAAAAUUAUUUGGGUUAAUUACAAUGUAGUCCCUAGAUUCUUUCCAAAUACAUUAGUGAAUACUUUUUGGUUCCUACAUUA